UACGGCAAUUUAAUUACUUUUGCCCAAAUCUGACGUCACGGAUCAAAUAAGAAUGACAAAAGUACCAGCAAAUGAAUUAUGAGCUUUCAACUAACGAAGUACCUGUCGCCCAGGUCACGUGGCCGCAGACUUGUUUUCGUUCUCGGCGUCUUCUCCGUUGGCUACUUCUAUGUUUUCGGCUUCAAGUUACUACAGUUCACCGCCUCUCCCAUGUCUUCUGACAGUUACAUUAAGCAUGUAGAUGCUGGGCGGAGAGGUGUCCACAUCUCCUCUUGGUCAGGGAGGCGACUUUUGAGUGAGAACGGUAGCUCCUCUUCCUACCCAACAGAUCUUUUCACGGACGAGCAACGCAAGCAGGGCGCGGUUGUCUUCCAUAUAUUUGGCAUGAUCUACAUGUUCGUUGCCCUGGCCGUUGUGUGUGACGAGUUCUUUGUUCCUUCCCUGGAUGUCAUCACUGAAAAACUAGGGGUCUCCGAGGAUGUGGCAGGUGCCACUUUUAUGGCGGCAGGCGGCUCCGCCCCUGAGCUCUUCACCAGCCUCAUCGGCGUGUUCAUAUCUCAGAGCGACGUCGGCAUCGGGACCAUCGUCGGCUCCGCGGUGUUCAACAUCUUAUUCGUCAUUGGCAUGUGCGCGCUUUGCAGCAAGACGCUCCUGACCUUGACCUGGUGGCCCCUGUUCCGCGACGUGACCUUCUAUACCACGUGCUUGAUCAUCCUGAUCGUGUUCUUCAAGGACGAGAAGAUCCAGUGGUGGGAGUCGCUGGUGCUCUUUGUCUGCUACAUCUGCUACGGGCUCUUCAUGAAAUGGAACGUGUGUCUGGAGGAAAGGUGCAAGGCGUGUCUAGGACUGUGCACACGGCAACGAGUCAACACUGUUGAGGCAGCAGGCGAUAACGGCUCGAAUGAAGAAACAAAGGCUGCAGACUUGGAAGAAUUUGAAGAGAAAGUACCACUGGACUUGAGCUGGCCACCGACUCUGAGUAAGAGGUUGAUGUAUCUCUUUUUUGCGCCAAUCGUCUUCCCUUUGGCCCUCAGCUUACCAGACGUCAGACGACCAGAAAGGCGCAUCUACUUCGUGUGGACAUUCACGGGCAGCAUCGUAUGGAUUGCUUUCUAUUCUUACAACAUGGUGUGGUGGGCAACCGUGUCUGGGGCUACCAUAGGUAUACCAGAUGAGGUGAUGGGUCUGACUGUCCUGGCUGCUGGCACCAGUGUUCCUGAUCUCAUCACAAGCGUCAUUGUGGCCAGAAAAGGUUUUGGUGACAUGGCCUUGUCUAGUUCAGUGGGCAGCAAUCUUUUCGAUAUAACAGUUGGCCUUCCUGUACCGUGGUUACUUUACAGUGCAGUAAACAAAGGCGCCCCCUAUAAAGUUAGCAGCAAAGGUCUGAUCUGCUCAAUAUUUCUGCUGUUCGCCAUGUUGAUUGCCGUGGUCAUGUGCAUCGCGUUGUCAGGCUGGAAGAUGUGUAGAUUCUUAGGGAUCUCUAUGCUUCUCUUGUAUGCCGCUUUCAUCACCAUAGCUGUUUUGUUGGAGUAUUCUAUCCUAGACUGUCCGCAAUCUGAUAUUAAGUGAUAGUUAGAAUGUGCAGAAAGCUAGACUUGACUUAUUAAGACCUGUGUUUUUCUAGGUUUUAUUUGAAAUUAGAAAAUGUGUGUGAAGUAAAAAAAAAAGAUGUAACUAAAGUAUGGGAUGUCAUUGGAAUGUAAAAAUGUUUUCAGUGUAACAAUGUAAUUAUGUUGACGAUAAAUAAAUGUUGAUGGAUUAUUUCAUACUUCUAAAGAAAUAUUUUCUUUAUCUAGCCACUUGAACAUUUAUCUUAUGCAUGGUGGGGCAUAAAGUCCUCACUCAUUUCAAACGAACCUAUCAAAAG